CAUUAGCCAGGCGCGGAUUGCCCCCAAAAAAACGACGUCGUUUUUUUCCACACAAUCUCUGACAUUGAAUUUGUACCGGAAAACGAAGAAUUCUGCACUGCAAUUUACUGAGGUGACGGAGGGAGGGGGAAGAAAAAGAAGAUAUUGGUCGAAAUUCGGCUUGAAAUGGAUUACUUGAAGACGGUGGUUCCGUCGCAACUGGUCUCCGAGCGGGGCUCCAAUCUUGUCGUGAUCAACCCUGGCUCUGCAAAUCUCAGAGUAGGUCUUGCUCACCAGGAUACUCCGUUCAUCGUCCCUCACUGCAUUGCUCGCCGCACCACCCAAAUCCCCAAGCUAAAUGUUCAAGAUCAGAUUCUUAAUUCUCAAGUUACCACGGCACAGCACAUGGAGCGCGAGAAGGCUUAUGAUGCUAUUGCAUCAUUGUUGAAGAUACCUUUCCUUGAUGAAGAGGUUGCAAACAACUCUUUUCCUCGAAAGAUGGGUCGUAUUGAUGGAUAUAAUCCCAUCAAUGCUAGAAAGGAUACUGCUUUUACUUGGACUGAUGUGUACGUAAAGGACCAGAACUCGUCAAUGGUCUCUGAAAGUUCAAUGAAUAGAAGUGAAGGAAAUGACUCAUUGGGCCAGCAUGAAGGUACUGAUUCUGAGGGACCUAGUUCAAGUGAAUGCAAAUUCAAGGAGUUCAUUUGUGGUGAGGAAGCGCUGAGGAUAUCUCCCACAGAGCCUUAUAGUUUGCGUCGCCCUAUUCGCAGAGGCCACUUGAAUAUUUCCCAACAUUAUCCUUUUCAGCAGGUAUUAGAAGACCUGCAAACCAUUUGGGAUUGGAUUUUAAUAGAGAAAUUGCAUAUCCCUCAUCAUGAAAGAAGCUUAUAUUCUGUGAUUCUUGUUGCUUCAGAAACAUUUGAUAAUCGUGAGAUAAAGGAGAUUUUGUCUAUUUUACUACGGGAUUUGCAUUUUAGCUCAGCAGUUGUCCACCAGGAAGGGCUUGCAGCAGUUUUUGGGAAUGGUUUAUCAACAGCAUGUGUUGUAAACAUUGGAGCUCAAGCGACAUCAGUCAUUUGCAUAGAGGAUGGAAUGGCUCUGCCUAAUACAGAAAAGACUUUACCUUUUGGAGGAGAGGAUAUAUCAAGAUGUCUUCUUUGGACUCAGAGGCAUCACCAGACUUGGCCACAAAUUCGUACUGACAUCUUGACAAAGCCUAUAGAUCUUUUGAUGCUUAACAGACUAAAAGAGUCCUAUUGUGAGAUUAAGGAAGGUGAGCUUGAUGCUGCUGCUGUUGUACAUUCUUAUGAGGAUGGCAUGCCACCUGGAUCUCAUAAGAUAAGGCUAACCGCUCUUAAUGUUCCUCCCAUGGGUCUGUUCCACCCAGCACUUUUGGUUCCUGAUGUAUAUCCUCCUCCACCUCGGUCAUGGUUUCAUGACUAUGAAGAUAUGCUAGAAGAUGUGUGGAACAUGUCAGAUAGUCAGUUUCCUGGCAUUAGUGCUGGGUUACCAAUGUGGGACAACUACCCAGUUUUUUCAACUAAACCAAAGAAAGAAGAGAAGGUUGGCCUUGCAGAAGCCAUAACAAGUAGCAUUCUCUCAGCUGGUCGGAUAGAUCUCCAGAGAAAGUUAUUUUGCAGCAUACAACUGAUUGGUGGGGUGGCUUUGACUGGUGGGCUGAUCCCUGUUGUGGAGGAAAGAGUUUUACACACUAUACCUUCAAAUGAAGCAAUUGAUACUGUUGAGGUUUUGCAGUCAAGAACAAAUCCAACCUUUGUGUCGUGGAGAGGUGGAGCUAUUCUUGGCGUUCUAGAUUUCAGUCGGGAUGCAUGGAUACACCGGGACGACUGGAUCCGCAACGGAAUUCAUAUUGGGAGUGGGAGGAAAUAUAAGGACUCCUAUUUUCUUCAAGCACAGGCAAUGUGUUACAUAAAUUCCUAGGAAGUCCCAGCCUUGUAGAAGGAACAAUUUUUUUGUAUGAAGUGACUAGGUAUUAAGUUGUGAAUCUGUGUCUAAAAACAUAUGUAACUUUAUCACUAGUCCAAGUGGUUGAUAGUGCAGACAAUACUUCUGUAGCUUGUGUUCAUCUUUAAACUCCAAGAUGCAACUAGUACUCAGUUUGAAGAAGAAUCAAGAACGGCAGACUUCAAGCCCUUUAGUGGUGUAACAGGUGGGCGGUGGGGGGAAUUGAU